AUUUUGCCACAAAAUAUUUGAUACCAAUUACAAAUCAACUAUUGGUGUAGACUUCGAGGUGGAAAAAUUCCAUAUUUUGAAUGUUGAUUAUAACCUACAAAUAUGGGACACAGCUGGUCAAGAAAGAUUUAAAUCAAUUGCUCAAUCGUAUUACAGAGGAGCACAUGUUAUAGUGCUGGUAUUUGAUUUAUCAAACCCUGGGUCACUAUCAAAUUGCGAAGUAUGGCUGAAUGAAGCAUUGCAAACGUCGCCUUCCAAACGUCCUCUAUUAUUUUUAGUUGGAACAAAACAUGAUCUUCUGAAAAAUUUAAAUUAUAAUCACAUGGAAAGAAGUUCAAUGAAGUUAGCUGAAAAAUUGAAGGCUGAGUAUUGGAUUGUUUCCUCGAAAACUGGCAAAAAUAUUGUGAAAUUGUUCCAAAGAAUAGCCGCCCUGGCAUUUGAAGAGUCUAUUAAACUAGAAUAUGACAGAAGACAUACUGAAAUCGAAAUAGGGACACCGUUGCUUGUUCUUGAGAAAAAGAAAACAGUGGAUGGUAAAAAGAACUGUUUUUCACGUCGCUGCGAAUGAAUGCUGAACUUUACUUUGAAAAGUUAUAUUUUGUAAGAAUAAAAUAAAAUAUUUGAAUUGAA